UCCUACAAAAGCUGGAUGACGAAGGAAAGACAAGCGUCAGCCGUCUAAGGUGCGUCUCGGCAGCUGAACAGGAAGAAGUCAGGAGUCUCGGCAAUGCUCGACUGCUGCAGUUAAAAGAGGAGCUGGCUGCAGCUGAGGAUCUGCAGUCAGAGCUCGAAAAGAAACAUAAAGAAAUUGAAGCUGAUAUGAGGCAGAAAAGAAGAGAAGUUGAGCGAUGUGUGAAGCAGGCCAUAGUGCAGUACGAUACCGAAAUGACAACACUGCAGAGUACCCGAGACAGCCUCGUUGCUCAACAUACGGCCGUUCAUGAAGAAGUUUGCUGCCAGGAGGCUGAAUUAUUGUUGGUGAAAAGACAGCAUGAUGUCAUCGCAGACCUACAACGCCAAGAGGACGAAGCGCGGAUGUUAGCCAUACAGGCAGAAUUUUGCCGGGAACGCUCUGCGCGAACUAUUCAGAGGGCUUGGCAGCACUACAAAAUCAAGAAAAUGCUCAAAAAAGCUCAUAAAAAAGGCAAAAAGAAAAAACUUUCGAUUGCAAAAUAGUUAACUUUUGGUCGUCCUAACACAUUACACUUGGUGGCCCAUGACUCUUGGUUAAUCUUGACACAUGGUUGCUUUUGACCCUUGGUGGCCCAUAACUUUUGGUUGCCCAUGACAUUUGGUUGCCCACGGCACU